CCUUCAUAUAGCUAGCUAGCAAACUCCUUCAACAUACUGAACUUAGAACUACUUUGAACUUAUUCACGACAUAACCGUGCUGAAGAAAUUGGGUGUACCGGUUUGUGCCUCAAGAAGAGAUUAUGCCGCGUUCGUUCCUAGUACGGUUUAGAUCGACUAACUCUGCCGAGGGAGAUCUUCAAAUUAGCCCAUCACAGCAACAAGAGAAAAAAGUCGAAAGCAAUGGAAAGGAGAUCCGAGGAGAGGAAUAUGAAUCGCAAGACAAGAGAGCCGACAAACAUGGCAAUGUUCCCUGUUCAACUACUAUACGUCAAAGCACUGAUUCACUUCUUCAAAACAGCAAACAACUUCAAGAAUAUGAUGAAAAUUGCAGCAAAAAAGAAAGCGUUUUUCAAGAAAUUGUUCAAAAUUACAAAGAAAAAAAGAAGAUUAAAAAAGAGGAGAAAGUGAAAAGUGAACGGGAAAGUGCAGAGGAACACAACGUUGAUGAAAAUGAGAAUAUUGUGAACACGGUCAAGGCAGAGGGCGGUGGACAAGCUUACUCGCAAGCAUAUUUCCAGUACCCAAAGGCGGAUAGCUAUUUUAAGAACAGCCCUCUGUUCAUCCCAGCAAGCAGCGCGGGCAUCCUAUCGCCUGCGGUUUGGCCAUAUCAACAACCAGCUACCCAAGAUAGACCAGAAUCCUUUGCACGCUGGAUGCAACACUGGGCAGAAACAAGACAAGCCUUGAAUGGUCAAAAUCCCUUUCGUUACUUUAAUAAUUUCUCCGGCCCAAUGACGUCACCGGUGAAAUCUGACACGGUCUCAGCCAAUCAGAGUCCCUCACCGACCGAAGGGAGAAUAUCAAGUGGUCAGCGUUCACAAAAACGCUUCUACUCAUGCGCCAUUUGUGACAAAUUGUUCAAUAAUUCAAUCAGUCUCAAGCAGCAUAUGAUCGUUCAUUCCUCGAAAAAGCCAUUUCAAUGUCACGUGUGUGAGAAAAGUUUCAAGCGUUCUUCGACACUUUCGACGCACAUGCUUAUUCACUCCGAUACGCGUCCGUUUGAAUGUGAAUUUUGCGGCAAGAAAUUCCACCAGAAAUCCGACAUGAAGAAACAUACAUACACACACACGGGCGAGAAGCCGCAUUUCUGCACGUUUUGUGGAAAGUCAUUUAGUCAGUCUUCUAAYCUGAUCACUCAUUGCCGCAAGCACAAGGGWUUCAAACCGUUUUCGUGUCGUGAGUGCGGUGUUUCCUUCUUCAGGAAGGUUGAUCUCAGACGUCAUAACUACCUACACGAGAUGAAGGAGUAAAGCCUUACACUGAUUGACAUUAACUCCAGUCUACCAAUCAAAUUGCGAUUUGUAAACCAACAGUGAGAUGAUCGUUCACAACCCCCUUUAAUCCGUUAAAAGACGUCGCUUUUUGCGACCAGUGAUCUUUAUAUGGGAUUAGUAAAGAAUAAACCAUUCGGUAGAGUCAUUUACAUUAUAAAAACUUCAGUCUAUGGCUUGCAACGAAAUACUGAAUUCCUGGUGAAAAUCAAACAAAAGUAUCCUCAACUACCGUCCAAAUACGGAAAAUAUAUAUGCGAAAAAAACGUCGGUUUUAACACGUGUCAAACUGAAUGAAAACCGCAACAACCAGUCCUUGUAUAAAAUGAAACAGUUAUCUACGAUAUAGGGACUGACUUUAUGAAGCGGGCUGGCAAGGUUGACCCGAAAAGAACCGGGACAGCCGCCAUCAUUAUCAUCAGCCCCCUACAAAUUGAAUUGUGUAUUCCCAAUCACAUAUAACUACAUUAAGUUCCUUUAAGAAGUCGCUUUUCGGGUGAGCCUUUUAUAAUAUGAAAGCAGCAACGUCGUUUUUUACAUGUGCCUCUUCAUAAUACGAAAAAACGUCGUUUUUCACAUGUGUCUUUUUAAUGAUAAAGGCAAAUCGUAGCGCGUGAAUCAUUCUGUUMUUAAAACAACUCAAAAUAAACAAAACUCAACAUUGGGAAAAAGGUUUUUACAGUUGGAGUUAAAAGAAAAUCAGUACUCGAGAUAUGUCAGUUGUCUUAUUUAUCCCCAUACAAAAUACUUGUUUUAACUUUGCAUGCGCUGACAAGAUAUCAUUUGGUACUCGUCGAUUAACUUACCAACAUUCUGAGUUGGGCCUGGGUACGAACAUGCAAUAUCGUCCACAGGAAGCCCAUUUUCAUCAUUCUUUGCUUUAAUGAAUACAUGGGAACCAUAAACUAAGAAAAGAUAAAUUAACGUUAUAAAAGUAUGUAUUAAUGUUGUCAAAGAAGAGAUCAGUUGCUAUCAAAGACAUCAACUUCAUUUUCAAAUAAGAGAGAAAACAAUACGAAGAUGUUUAACAAAUAAAUAAUAUAUAAAUUGUAAAAAACAUAAAUAAUAUAUGAAUUGUAAUAAACUAUAACUGAUAACUAUAAUAUUAAUAAAAUAUUAACAAAUAUAUAUAUAAUACUUAUAUGACGUUCAUACCGCAAUUCAACCGUAAUUUUCGUAAAGUUUUCAGUGUCAAUUAUUAGUAAAAAAAAUAAAACCCACGACAUAAAACUUUUUUGCAAGAAAAUGCAUGAAAUUACUCAAUUUUGAAUAAAAAGUAUUGAAAUUUGAAAUAAAGUGAAAGCUGAUUUGAA